CACAUGCACUCAACAACAAUCCAAAUGCCUAUUCCCAACCCGACGCCGACACUCCACUUCCCCCUCCCGGCGGUGCCGUCAGCCAUCUCCAGAGCCGUCGCCGUCAUCGGAGCCGGGGCCGCCGGACUUUGCGCCGCCCUUGAACUCCGACGAGAAGGUCACAGCGUCGUUGUGUACGAGCGGCAAGACAAGCUAGGCGGCACAUGGGCCUACACCCCCCAAACAGAGGCUGACCCGUUAGGCCUCGACCCGACCCGGAACGUGGUCCACUCCAGCGUCUACGCUUCACUCCGGACCAACCUACCCCGCGAGGUGAUGGGCUUCCGGGUCUACCCGUUUGUGGCAAGCGGGAAGCCCGGGCGGGACCCGAGGAGGUUCCCGGGUCACGAGGAGGUGUUGGAGUAUUUGAGGGAUUUCGCGGAGGAGUUUGAGCUGGCGGAGAUGGUCAGGUUUGGGAGGGAGGUGUGCCACGUCGGGAAGGCCGCAGAUGACCGGCGCUGGGUGGUGAAGUCGAAGAGGAAGGGCGGCGGAGAUGGGGAUGACCAGGUGUAUGAUGCGGUGGUCAUCUGUAAUGGCCACUAUUCGGAGCCCCGGAUUGUGGAUUUACCCGGUAACAUCCGGAUUAUGAUUAUUUGUUUGGGAUUAGGCAUUGAGGAGUGGCCAGGGAAACAGAUCCAUAGUCACAACUAUCGCGUUCCUGAUCCCUUUCAUGAUCAAGUUGUGGUGCUAAUCGGGAGUGCUGCAAGUGCUGAUGAUAUCUCCCGAGAUAUUGCCAAAUUCGCAAAAGAAGUCCAUGUUGCAUCUAGAUCAGCACAAAUUGGAAAAAUUCCGGGGCAUAAUAACAUUUGGCAACAUUCAAUGAUCAAAAGUGUCGACAGAGAGGGUAGGGUGAAUUUCCAUGAUGGAGAUAAAACCAUUGCUGAUGUCAUCCUUCACUGCACCGGCUAUAAAUUUAGUUUUCCUUUUCUUGAGACGAACAAUGCCGUGAGUGUGGACGAUAAUAGAGUGGGCCCACUUUAUAAGCAUGUUUUUCCUCCGACAUUGGCCCCUUGGCUUUCCUUUGUUGGCGUGCCAUGGAAGGUUCUGCCCUUUCCCUUAUUUGAACUCCAGACCAAGUGGAUAGCGGGAGUUUUGUCGGGACGGAUUGCGCUCGAGUCCACUCACCAAAUGACAUCGGAUAUUCAAGCCUUCUACUUGUCGUUGGAAGCAGCUGGGAUUCCUAAGCGAUAUACUCAUAAAAUUGGAGAAUCUUAUUCUCAGUUUGAGUAUGAUGAUUGGUUGGCUGCGAAGAGCGGCUCUCCUCCCAUCGAAGAAUGGAGAAAGCAAAUGUAUUGGGCGAGCGGGAGGAGGAAGAGGAGCGCGCCCGAGACGUACCGUGAUGAGUGGGAUGAUCAAGAUUUGAUGGCAUUGGCUUAUCAAGAAUUAAACCUAUUCAAGGUAUCUGUAUCAUAACAUACUUUCAAAUUCUCCAAUUAUUACCGCACUAUUUGGUGUAACUGCACACUCUAUCAAAAUUAAUUCUUGGUUUCAUAUUUGUUGGGAUCUGAGAUAGAGCUUAAUAGAUUCUGGUAGAUAUACAGUUAUAUUUUCAUUCCAGUGUGAA